AUGCUAUCAUUUGCUCUUCGAACAUUUACCUUUAGAACAUUUACUUUAAAUGCUAAUGUACAGCGUUCUACUCAAAUAAAAUGUAUUUUUCAACAAACUUUACGACAAUCGUAUAGUACUUCACUAAAACCAGAAUGUUUUGUCGAAGAAUUGGAAGGUGAAGAUAAAGGAAUUUCUAUAAUAUAUCUUAAUCGUCCAACUACAAAGAAUGCUUUCUCAAGAAAACUUGUAAGGGAAUUUAGUGACGUUGUGGACAACUUAAGAAAUAAAAGUGAUGUUCGAGUUGUUUUAUUGGGGAGUUUGGUAGAUCGUGCAUUUUGUUCAGGAGCUGAUCUAAAGGAAAGAGCUAAUAUGUCAGAACCAGAAAUUAAAGAAUUCCUUCAAAAUUUGCGAGGAGCAUUCCGAAAUCUCGAAUCACUUCUUGUCCCAACGAUUGCUGUAAUUGAUGGCGUUUGUUUAGGUGGGGGGCUUGAGUUGGCUCUGUGUUGUGAUAUGCGCGUUGCCGGUGAACAUGCCAAGAUUGGACUUCCUGAAACUAGACAUGCUAUUAUACCAGGUGCUGGUGGUACUCAGCGGUUGUCACGCGCUAUUGGUUUUGCAAAGGCUAAAGAAAUGAUAUUUACAGGGCGAACAUUAAACGCAAAAGGUGCACUUGAAGAUGGAAUGGUUAAUUAUGCAACAAUGGAAGGUUCAUCGAUAACAUUUGCAAUGAAUAUUGCAAGAGAAAUUUUACCUUGUGGACCAAUUGCCGUUCGUAUGGCUAAAUUGGCUAUUAAUCGUGGCGGGAUUCUGCAUUGGAAUUUGAACAAGAAUGUUACGCCAAGGUUAUCCCUACAGAAGACCGUGUCGAAG